CUUCAGCAGUCCUGAGGCAGGAAACCCAGGGGUUGCACCCAGUGAACAUCCCCCCUUUCCUUCUCCCUCAGCCUCUCUUUCUCUCUCUCUCUCUCAGACACAUCCAGACUUACUGGUCCUGACCCAUACAGCUGGUGGGAUGCUGACCUUUCUGAGGGGAGCGGUGCAGCCGGUGACUGUCAGCAGGGUGAGGGAUAUUGUCCAGAAGCGCAACUCCAGCAUCUACAGCAAACCACCCAAAAACAAGAUCGGACCUGGGCAAAGUUUUUUCAUCAUGUCUGUGUUUGCCGUUGCCCUCCUGGCCCCCGCUGGGUGGAUUCUGCACCACAUCCCAGAAUAUCGUCAGAGAGCCAAACCUCCAGCAUCCUAAAGAACGCACAUCUCCGACACGGACAACAUAACUGUGUCGUGUACCACUGACAGACCUGGCUGCCUCUAAAGCAUUAUUCACCUCCAGUGACACAUUUAGAUCUUUAAAACACAACAUCAUGAGCAACAUCACAAGUAUACCUAUUAUGGCUAAUAAUAUUAAUAAAAAUGAUCCAAUAAUAAAACUGUCCAGUUGUUUAUGGGAGGAACAAAUUGGCCCCAUUUUGAAUCUAACAAAAAAUGUAAUUCCAUGGUGUUUAAUGCCUUAGGACUGUGGCCCUUAUUGCAUGCAAAAUGACUGUAUGCUUUCUUCUGUAAUAAAGUUUCUGUUUUGGUUGAUAA